AUGGACACCGGUACGAGGUUGCACUACGAAGACGUCGCCAAAAGACUCCGCGCGGACCUCAAGACAUGGGAAAACGACUGGGCCAGCACGCACGGCGGCAGCAAGCCGGGGCGCCAGGAUAUCAAGAACAACGGCGACAUUGCCCGAAAAUACAAAGAGUACAACAAGGCACGCGACAUACUCGCUGGCAAGGCGGCUCCACCGUUACCGACGGAAGACUCGAGAGUCAAAAAGCGCAAGUCGGCCCCCAGACCGUCCGAAGGAUCCAUCAAGCGAACGAAAUGCACCGAGACUCCCUCCAAGGACCCCGUCCGACAUGAUGGUCUCAUGAACUCGCCAGCCGUCUCGCGAAUACUCUUCAGCCCCGCACCGAUCACGUCGCUGGGUCCGACGCCGCAAAAGGAUGGCCGAGUCCUCGGCCUCUUCGAUCUGCUGGUGGAACGAGAACUCGGCACUCCGUCGAGGAAGAAUGCAAGUCCCGUCAAGCGGACCGCGAACCGGCUCAACGUUCAAGCCACGCCGAGCAAGCGAGUGAGCGACCCGCAUCUCGACGGCGAAUCAAGGUUGGGCCGCACGCCCAUGUCGGCGAGCAAGCGACAGCUUUUGGACAUAUUCAUGACGCCGCUGAGGAAGCGAAAAGGCGACGGCGAGGGAAAGACGCCGACGUCGGUGUCGAAGCUUCAAUUCGACACGCCCGCCUUUCUCAAGAGACAUUCGCUUCCCACCUUGGAGGAGGCUGGAUCCUUUGGCGAGCCGGCCCGGUUACGCCUGCCGCGGAAGCCCAUGGUCCGUGGUCUAAGCGAAAUCGUCGCGAGCUUGAGGAGAGUGGAAGAGGAGACGUGCGAGGAGACGCUCGACAACGACGCAGACAUGGAGGCCCUGCGCGAGGCCGAGGAAGCCGAUCUCGGCAUGGACAGGCCAGGGGCCGUGCGGAAGGCGCCGAAGCCCCCGGUGGACGUCAUCGUCGAGGAUAGCCAGCGGAUGCUCCCCCUCGGCGGCUUCGACGACGAGGGCAUGUACGACAGCCCCGUGGAGGACUCGACAGACCGGCACGGAAACCCGAUGGUCGCAUACAAGAAGAAGGGGCAAAAGCGGACAACGAGGCGCUCCAACAUGAAGCCCGUCAAGGUAUCGCGACCCGCGGCCAUGGAUCAGGCGGAGGACGAGGAGAAGGAGGACGAGCAUGUCGUGCCCGAAACACAAGCGGCCGCCGCCGUCGAGGACGCAGCCCAUUUCGACUCGGAGCUUGACGGCUACCAGCGGGACAUGUCAAAGGCCGUGGCGGCGGCCAUGGCAAAGGCAGACCUGAAGAAGGAGGGGGCCGUUCGGAAAACGGUGCGGAAAGUCAACGAGCUGGCGCAUGCCAACUUCCAGAAGCUCAAGCUGCGCAACAGCGGACUCAAGGGGGGACCGGGCUACAACAGUCGCUUCCGGCGGAAGCGGUAG